AUGGUCUACUUAAUAGUUGCAGAAGUGGAUGGCGGGUGCCGUGGGAAUGGGUCCAAAGAGCAAGACGCCAUCGGAGCUGCUGGUGUCGUUUUCAAAUACAAAUGGGGACGAAAAAAGGAAUACUCAAAAUUUUUGCCAGCAGCCCAAGAGGAUGGACCACAAGUUACCAGUAACCGAGCUGAACUCGAAGGCGUCAUUCUCGUCCUCCAAAAAUUGAUCCGGAAAUAUGAAAGACUGCGGGACCCAAAACCCAAGGUGGUUGUGAAGAUCUCCACAGAUUCAGAACAUGUGGUCAAAUGUUUGAGAACACGGAUUUUCAAGUGGGAAGAAAACGGUUUCAUCACCAAGAGGGAAACGCCCGUUGCAAAUCAAGAUUUGAUUAAGGAGGCAGUUCGCCUUGAUAGGGAGUUACAGGGAUACGACACAGUUAAGGUCAAGCUCAGACAAGUCCCAAGGGAAGAAAACACCGAUGCCGAUGGACUAUGCAAUAGAGUCAUGGAUAAGAACUCUGUUCCGAAACGCGUUUAG